AUGCCUGUACAAGCUCCACAAUGGACGGAUUUUCUCUCCUGCCCAAUUUGCACACAGACUUUUGACGAAACAAUCCGGAAGCCCAUCAGCUUGGGCUGUGGCCACACUGUCUGCAAGAUGUGCCUCAAUAAGCUCCAUCGUAAGGCAUGCCCUUUUGACCAGACCACUAUCAAUACAGACAUUGAACUCCUUCCUGUCAACUCAGCCUUGCUGCAACUAGUGGGUGCUCAGGUUCCUGAGCAGCAGCCAAUUACUUUAUGUAGUGGAGCUGAAGAUACCAAGCAUUAUGAGGAGGGCAAGAAAUGUGUGGAAGAACUGGCAUUGUACCUCAAACCACUCAGCAGCGCAAGAGGUGUGGGUCUUAACAGUACUACUCAGAGCGUGCUAAGUCGUCCCAUGCAAAGGAAACUUGUGACAUUAGUUCAUUGCCAGCUAGUGGAGGAAGAAGGGCGAAUCAGAGCCAUGCGUGCAGCACGAUCACUUGGUGAAAGAACAGUCACAGAGCUCAUUCUUCAGCAUCAAAAUCCUCAGCAGCUCUCUUCCAACCUCUGGGCUGCAGUGAGAGCCAGAGGGUGCCAGUUCCUUGGCCCAGCAAUGCAAGAGGAGGCUUUAAAGCUCGUUCUCCUGGCUCUGGAAGAUGGAUCUGCUUUGUCACGGAAGGUCUUGGUUCUCUUUGUGGUUCAGAGGCUGGAGCCACGAUUUCCUCAGGCUUCUAAAACUAGCAUUGGGCAUGUUGUCCAGCUUCUUUACAGAGCCUCGUGCUUCAAGGUGACAAAACGGGAUGAGGAUUCCUCCCUGAUGCAGCUGAAGGAGGAAUUUCGGACUUAUGAAGCUCUGAGAAGGGAACAUGAUUCCCAGAUAGUUCAAAUAGCUAUGGAAGCAGGUUUACGCAUUGCACCAGAUCAAUGGUCCUCACUGUUAUACGGAGACCAGUCUCACAAAUCCCACAUGCAAUCUAUCAUUGACAAGUUGCAGACCCCAGCCUCAUUUGCACAGAGUGUUCAGGAAUUAACUAUUGCUCUUCAGAGGACUGGAGAUCCUGCUAACCUGAAUCGCCUUCGACCCCACUUAGAGCUCCUAGCAAAUAUUGAUCCCAGUCCAGAUGCUCCACCUCCAACAUGGGAACAACUGAAAAAUGGACUAGUUGCUGUGAGGACAGUGGUUCAUGGCUUAGUUGAUUAUAUCCAGAAUCAUAGCAAGAAAGGAACAGAUCAGCAACAGCCUCCUCAGCACAGCAAGUACAAGACAUACAUGUGCAGAGACAUGAAACAGAGAGGAGGAUGCCCACGGGGGGCCAGCUGCACCUUUGCACAUUCACAGGAGGAGCUAGAAAAGUAA